AUGAAUCGUCCAGCUCGUCCGACUGGAUCGCGCCCACUGCCAGGGAAAGCAUCCACGUCAGAUAUUCAGGAUAACCUUCCUCCGCGCGCGGCCUCCGCGUUCUCCAUGUAUCGACAGACCGACGCGGGUGAGGACGAGCCUCGCUCCAGCAGCUCCCUGGCUUCUCGCCGCACCUCGACCAACCGCCCCAACUCGAUUGCCUUUGACCCGCCACGUUCAGUCUCUGGGCGCAAGAUCUUUCCUGCCGAGGUGUUUUCUCGCACACUCCCAGACUCCUCGAUCCCCUAUUACCAGGAAAACCAGCAGCGACGCCAGGAGAGAGAAGAGGCACGGUCCCUUCGGGAUGCCCUGCAACAAGUGGACCUUCAGGAUGAGGGAAGUUUGUACCAGGCGGCGCAGGAUGAAGCUGCGGAGCUGGUGUGGGCGCACCAGAACCCCGGCGUGCCAUACAAGGACCCGCAUGGCCCUUACCGCAACCCAGAUAACACCAAACGGUAUUCGGGUCGGGUUUCGAGUACAAAGGGCCCGCGAAGAGCCGCCUCUUCUACCAGGAUUCCAAGUGGAUCAUCCGGUGGCAGCUCUUCCAGUCCUGACAGUCAGAAAUUCUCGAGCUCCUGGCGUUCGUCUCUCUCCAAGGAUAAGAGCUAUGGGCCUUUGAAGAAGAAUUCUAAAGUCAACUUUGCAUUGCCUGCAGAGGAGACUGACGGAUCGAAAACAAGAAAUAUCAGCAGUGGUUCAUCCAAGGGAAUCUUCAGAAAUCCAAACGAUCAAAUCUAUGAGGAGCCUCGUGAUCCUCGCAACCCGGAACAAAAUGCGCAGGCCAGCUUUUCUAGAUCGGACUCCUCCGUUCUAAAGUCAAAGCCGCGCAAUUCUCUCCCGAGGAUUGGCAAAACUCUUCCUUGGUUGCGGGAUAGAAGCUCCGCAAAUGACCGCCCGAUACUAGACAAGAUCGCCCGUUUUGACAUCCACAAGAACCCUCCCAGCCAAUCUCAGAACCCCGAGUAUACUAAAAACGAUGCUCUACCCAAGCAGCCUCCCAGCGCCCAGGAGGAGACCGCGCCUACCAAGGGAGGGAUGGAGAUCCGCAGCGACGACAUCCGCGCAGCCACCAGUAAGAAGUUGAAAGACCGAAGCGACAACUUGCCCAAGCCUACCGCGGUCAGUGAUCGAAGUGGCCGGCCCAUUGUCAGCUUUGAUCCUAAAUGGCAGCCAAGUGAGCAGUCGAGGCCCAAUCGUCAGGCUCGCGAGUCGACCUCCCAGGCCCCUCCUCCAGUUCCGGAGGCACCAACGAUCCAAGUGUCCGAGGCACCUCCAAUCCCAGUGAUCAAUGUCCCGGACAUCCAAGAACCGACCAUCUCCGAGAUUUCGGAGCCUUCUCGCCAAGAGAUUCAGCCCGCAAAUAAGAGCAGCCAGAGCCAACAGCCAGUCCCAAAGAAGCAACCCUCCAACUCGCGCGGCCAAUGGUACUCACCAUACACGCGGAGCGGUGUCCCUACGGCGCGAUGCGAGUCCUGCUCGCUUGGAAUCUCUGGAAGGAUUGUAACCGCUGGAGGCUCGCGGUUCCAUCCAGAAUGCUUCACCUGUUUCCACUGCCAGACAGCGCUCGAAUGCGUGGCUUUCUACGAGGAACCCGAAUCCAGCCGUGCGGAACGACUGGCAAAUGCACCACCCCAUGACGAAGAAGCCCACAUACCGCGGUUCUACUGCCACCUGGACUUCCAUGAACUCUUCAGCCCCCGCUGUAAGAGCUGCAAGACCCCGAUUGAAGGCGAGGUGGUGGUUGCCUGUGGUGCCGAGUGGCAUGUCGGUCAUUUCUUCUGCGCCGAGUGCGGUGAUCCCUUCAACCCACAGACCCCGUUUGUGGAGAAGGACGGUUUUGCAUGGUGUCUCAACUGCCAUUCCCGCCGCACGGCGCCGCGCUGCCAGGGCUGUAAACAGAAUGUGCUAGACGAGGUCGUCAUUUCUGCCAUUGGCGGACAGUGGCACGAACGCUGUUUCGUCUGCCAUGAAUGUGGCGAUGGGUUUGGGUCUGAGGGACGCUUCUUCGUUCGCGAGGGCGAGCCCAGGCGGACGGCGAAGGGGCGCAUUAUUGGUGGCCCGGUGCAAUUGGCCAUCUGUGAGAACUGCGAAGGCAUUCGUCUCAAAGCUCCUGGGAUGUGUUAG